UGGUAGAAGAUAGGGAAGGAGGCGAUGAAGGAAGUACGAAACGGGAAUGAAGCUGAAGAAGAAGAAGAAGAAGAAGAAGAGGGAAGAGAGAGAAGAAAGACAACGGGAAACGCGGACAGAUGACAACAGAGAGGGAGCUAAGAUGUCGUCAACCGGCGUGUUGCCCUCCGUCCAAAGAGGGGCUGCCGUGGGGCAAUCCCGGUCAAGCAGGAAACUCCCCCCACCACCACCAGUACAAACUACUUAGUCACCAGUCUCACCUUGCCGGCCGUGUCCCUCCAAUUUAUCCGAUAGUUCCAUUGCCAUGGACGAAUGAUUGCAGCCAACCUCUGCAGACCCUAGACGGUCAGCUGGACAGAGCUCUGCUCCGUACUCUAUUGAUUCUGGCGACGACUGGUGUGUUUGUCAUAGCCGUCAUUCUAGAACAAUGCUCCCAAGGUCUCGGAUAUUAAUCUCGACGGAUUGACCGGCUGGGGUCUGAACACGAACCUUUCACACCAAUUCCAUCUCAGGCACUUCCGGAGGAAUGUUGUCCGAUCAAUAGUUCUGAGAAGCUGAGAACACCCUUGCCAUGUCCUCCUUGAAGCAUCUGUUCUAGAAAAUUCUCAGAAUGCC